CACAAACCUCACAGUUUAGAUUCAAAGAGAUACUACAAUCUGAAGAUGAAUACUAUCCUGUCUGCAGCAUGUUUCUCGGUCGUUUUGGCCAUAGCGUCGGCUCACAUGUGCCUCAUUAGUCCACACCAGAGAGGAUCUAUGAUGGAUUUGAACAAAAAAGGGUCAAACGAUUGCAUAUUGUUGAAUUCACCAUGUGGGGGCCGACCACUCGCAAAACCAAUGAUAACAUUAAUGGCUGGGUCGAAUGCAUCUAUUAUCGUACAGAAAAAUCUUGAUCACUGGGCACAAGCAACACCAGGUUACUUUGCUGUCAGCCUUAUGCAAGGAAGCAUAACAACACAAAUAGGCCGGGUACCAGACAUGGGUGAAGCUUCUCUCACUCUCUACACAAUCAUGGGCAUGGUACCAGCAACUAUGACUGGACAGGCUGUACUGCAGGCAACCUAUGUGACGAUGAAUCCACAGGCUCCAGCGGUGUUUUACCAGUGUGCCGAUGUUACAAUCAUGUAGGGAGUUCAACUCGACGAUAUGAUGACAUUUCUAUAUACGUUGUUAUUUAAACUGACUAUGAAAUACCUCAUUCCGUUUGUGAGACAGCUGUUUCUUGACGUUAAUAUGUUUGCUCAAUUGUUAUAUAUGUUUCAUAAUUAGUCCGUUUUGUUUGUAUGAAAUGUACUGUUGUUCUUUAACAUUUUUUUUUGCUUUUAUGCAAUAAAAAUGUAGUUAAAUACCAA